CACCAUCUCUAUUACGAAUGUUACAAUUCCUACCGGAAGUCCUACUACGAUGGAUUUAUCUGUUCCUCAAACUGUACAGUAUCCUUCCUCCACGGUUAAAAGUUCAACAAACGACCUCAAAACAACUUCAGCCAGAUCUUGUACUGGAGAAAUUCUUCUUUCAAAGAUGUAUACGUUAAAUGCAGUUCCACUUCUGAAGUCUUUUGAUCCAAACACCACAUUCAAAACAGAUGACAGGGUUUUGUAUGAAUGUGCAAAUGGUUACAGGUUUAUAAAUGGAACUUUGGAACACGUAUGUGGAAAUGACGGUUCUUGGAAGGGGGCCUUACCUUAUUGUAAAAGAUGCAGAUGUCCAUGUAGCAGAAUGAAGAACCAGGUUAUCAUAAAAACACAAGAAGAACUUCAAAAUAAAAUAAACGUCAUGACAGGACAGCUUAAAGUGAAGACGUCAGAUUUAACCAGUGUGAAGAGUAGGAAAACUUCGGCUCCUGAUCCUCGCCCCUCCUCAAAAGCUGUGGGUUCUCUACUUGGGAUAGGAAUCCUUGUAUUCAUUUUUGCCGUGAUAAUCAUUUCAGAUUUUCCUCUAUUAUAUAGACAUAUCAAAUAUGGACUUUAGGCACGGGAGGUAAAUUCAAAAAAAAAAAAAUUGUGUGAGGACCGUUGACUGAUGAAUAUUUUAUUAAUACUAAGUGUGUUUGGAUAUUGUCUUUUAACCACGGAUAUUGGAGUCAAACAAUGAUUUCAAUAAUCAUAGGCAAAAAUUAGAUUUUUCGAGUUCUAAAUAAACUUGAGCGUCAUGUGUAAAUUAAUGACAAGAAAAUAUUUUUAUUUCAUUUAUUAAUUA